CUCUUUCUAUACCAGGGUAUUCUAUUCAUUUUAAACGCCUAUUUUCCUAUACUGCUUCUGUGAAUAUGCUGACUCUUAACACCUCCCAAGCGCGGGCAGUCUUCAAGGGGCUGCACAUGGCACUGAACAGUAUCACUGGCCUGGCCGGUCUCUGCAUGCUCGCUCUGGGAAUCACCGGGCUCACGCAGUCCUUCAAGAUCUUUCACCGACAACACCUUCCCCUGGCUUGCGGUGUCCCUUGGCGUACUUGUUGUCACAGCCUCAGCCAUCGGCAUCACUGGGUGCAUCAAGGAGAGCAAAUACCUGAUCGGCUCGUACACUGGCGUGCUGGCGCUCCUGGUUCUCUUACAGAUAGCAACGGUCAUCAUUGCCUGGCUGCAGCCCGAGGGCACGUUGGUCGACCGAUUCCGCAACGAGUGGCAGCACCUUUACGUGAAUGAUCCAAAGAUGCUGAAGAGGCUCGAAAAGGCAAAUAUGUGCUGUGGAUUCUCGACCCCAGCUGACUUUGCACUACCCACGGACUGCUCAGUCAACAAAAAAUUCGGGUUCACCCAGGGAUGUCUGCAGCCGCUGCUGAACAAUUGGAACCGCACGCGCGGAUGUGUGUUGGCGGCAGGAAUCAUACUUGUCGUUAUUCAGAUGCUGGCACUAUCAGUGGGCACCGAGAUGAUCCGUAGAUACAAGCUCGAUGAUAGAGCGCCGUCAGACCGCGAACAUAACUCUGAGACGUCGCCCUUACUGGCCUAACACAGCACUUCUCAUAUCCGUCAUAAAAAACCGUGUCCUUUAUUUCCAGAUCUACAAAUUUUGUUGCAUGCACAACCAACAUGUCUACCAGCUGGGCGUCACGUCCUCCCAGUUCAAAUCCCUAAUGUUUUUCUUGCCCUUCAUACCUGCGUAGCUGUGCUGUUUUGUAGACUAGAACAAAUGCGAUUGUGAUAAUGUACCUGUGCUCAAAAAGUGAGUCGAGUAAGCUAAUGAAAAAGAAAAAGAUUCCGAGCGAGCGCCAGGAGCAUUUAUAGUCUGAUCAGGAUAUGUGGCUA